AUGUUUGUUCCCGUCUUUACAAUCAACUUCCUGACAAUCCUGUCCUUUCUCUGUGUCAUUGUUUCUGGGAACCCUAUCAAGCGUAGCGAGGAAGAAGCUACAGGCGUGAGAGUAUCAGGUCUUUUCGGUCUCUUUACUACACUUGCUACUUCUGCUUUGACGACUGGUGAGCAAGUCGGAAUCGUCAUCCUCUCCAGCCAAACCGUUUUUAUCCAAGAACCCAACUUCUUCCCCGCCACAGAAUGGGGUGUGCCGGAGCCUACUCGCUCCAGCACCAGCUCCAGCACCUACGCGGCGGGAGCUGUUGCUGUGACGAGUACAUUUGGAAAUACACCAUAUAGUUUUCCUACCUCUGAUUUCCCUGCUGCGAGCACGCAGUUCGAUGCUUCUUCAUCUGAAGAUUCUUCUACUGAUGCUCCGGCUUCUGCUUCUGCUUCUUCAUCCGGAGACCCUUUUACCGAUACUCCUGCUUCCGCAUCAUCAUCAACAGAUUCAACACCAACUUUCAUCCUAACACCCAUCAUCGAAGACAAACAGCAAGUCGCAGCCACAACAACAUCAUGCAACCCCGCCGUCGCAGGCGUAACAAUUCCCGCUAGCGCUCUCACAACCGGCGAAUACGUCGCGGUCGAAGUUCUCUGCGAGGAAACAAUCUACAUCCAAGAGCCUAAUUUCUACCCCACCAAGACCUGGUACGGUAUCUCCGCCUCCUGGACACUAAAUACCACGAUCGCCACAUCCACAUCCACAUCUACACCCACGAUGUGCAAUACCGCUGUUGCAGGUGUUACAGUCCCUGUUAGUGCCCUCACGACCGGAGAAUUCGUCGCUGUGGAAAUUCUCUGUGGCGAGACGAUUUAUAUUCAAGAGCCUAAUUUCUUUCCCACCAAGACGUAUUAUGGUGUUUCUGAUGCUGCUUCGGCGAGUAUGGCUACAACUUCUACGACGAGUGCAUCUUCAUCUAGCGCUAUUGCGGGAGCUGAAUUGCAGGUGCUAGGUAAGCGUGCUGGAGAUAGUGUAUCUUUUUUUGCGAACAACAUGCCAACUUCGCUGCGUCAUGUGAAUGCGAAUCGGAUCCAGAGUGUUGCAAGUGGUUGUGCUGGGGCUUUUGAGUAA